AUGGAUGCAGUUGCAAUCACAAAUGCUUCUGAUGAGCUUUUAAAAGAAAUGGGCCUCUCAAAGGCAGGAGAUCGUCUAAGUUUAAAAGGUUUCUGUGCUAUCAAGAAGAUGAAAGCAGUUCACAAGAAGGAAAUAAGAAUAGAAAAAGAGCACUGCUAGAGGCAUUCCUUUCCAGAAAGAAGGAAAAAAAAUAAAGCCAAAAGUAAAUCUAAAAACAGUACUUCUUCAAUAAAAGAGCCACUAAAACCAAAAUUCAAAAAGGUUUACCUUGAAUGGAAACAUUUCAAGGAACAGGAGCAAGCUUACACACUUGUGCCUCUGGUCAAAGGAGGAGGAAGUCGAGUGGUAGAAAUGCCAUUAACUAGUUGUAAGACGGACAUAUACCAAACUUGUAAGAAUCUGUUUUUCCCUGAGGGGAAUUCUAUAUUUGGAAAUGAGGAUGAUAUGCUGUUUAGUCUGACUAACUUUAAAGGUGAGAAGGUUGAAGAAUCUAUUAAAGUUGGAAGAGAAUUUAUACCAUUUAACUUGUGUAACUACAUGGAAGCACACAAAAUUAGAACUGUUAGACUGUAUUUACAAUCCAGGAAGAUUGAUGGCAGUGAUGAUGACGAUGAUCUCUUAUCCAGUGUAUUUGAUCAUGACCUCAAUCAAGAAGGCUCACUGAUUGGCUCCCACAUUGAGAGGCAGUCUCUUGUGUCCCGUAAUCAAGAAAGCUCGCUGAUUAACUCCACCCUGGAUAUGCAGUCUCUUGUGUCCCCAAAUCAAGAAAGCUCACUGAUUGGCUCCACCCUCCAGAGGCAAUCUCUUGCAUCAGAACAAGACAAGGAGUAUCAAGAGUCGCUGAAAGCAGAUGAAAGAAAAGCUGCCUCACGUGAAAGAGAGAACCAAGAAUCAAAGCGCAAAAAGAGAAUUCAGAAUGCUAGAGCAGAUAGAGUGGUUCCCGAGCCUGAUGAUGAGUUUGUGACUGUCAAGGUCAGGCAUAUCACAAUGGGUUUGCAAUCUAGAAAGUUUCCAAAAACCUCUCGCAUGGCAGCUGUGUAUGACUGGGCUGGUUCCCUCAGCCCAGAUCCAGAGAACUUUACAAUCUAUCAUUUGGGGGUGGUGCAAAAACCAAGUGAAGAAUUAUCUGACAAGUGUACCUAUUUAAUGGUUGAAGAAGAGCAUGGAACCCCAGGACUGUUAGAAUCGGAUGAUGAAGUGCAGUUUUUGGGAUUUGGAACUGUUAGUAAAAACAAUAACGAGCCCCUGCCUGAGUAA